AAAUGAUUCAGCUCGACGGCGACAGUGCAGGAUUAUUUUCCCCCUAAAUAUCGACGCCGAUGAGCCGUGAUGACAUUUUUCAGACGGCACGUGUGUGUGGGUAAUUAGGUAGUGUAGACCGGGCCUGGAGGUGGGCUUUAUCCUGUCCAGAUUUACGGAAGCGUUUUAGUGUGUUGCUAAUCUUAUUAAGAGCAGCCAUGACAGAUGCGCAGAUUCAGUCUUAUGCUACCUGCGAGAGCGCCGAUCAAAGAAUCGCCGGCCAUUCAUGUUGUUGGACUACUGUUGCCGGUGUUGUGGGACCACGCUGAUCAAACGCCAUGGCCAACUGCCCAUCAACAGCAAGCUCCAUGACACUUGGGCUGUUCUUCAGAAUCUGUUGAUGUGUAUGGUGUGCUUCUACUCUCUCUACUAUAUUGUGGUCAGUCUCUGCAUCGGCAUUCUCAGGGUGGAAGAGGUGGACAGCUUGUUAGCACCUUUUGACUACACCACUCAACCAUCAUGGCAAAGUCCCAAAUAUUUAGUGAGUGUGAUCUCCACAGAGGUCACGUAUGUUCUGGGUGGGCUAAUAUUCGCGUGGAUCGUGGAGGAGUGGGUGUGGGACUACGCCAUCACUGUCACACUGCUGCACGUCGCUCUGACCGUAGCAGUUAUGGCUGAUUUUCCCUCAACAGAGCAUUGGUGGAUUGCUCUCGGCUCUGGGUUAUUGAUGAUGAUUUUUGGUGGGCAGCUCCUGGCUUACAGACUCUUCAGAAGUAAUUUUGUGCAUCCUGCAGAUCUUCAGAAUUUCUGACACGCUGUGAAAUAUGUACAGGGACCACUUUUCUCAGUUUUGUAUUUGUUUUUCUACGUCAUGGGUAGUUUGAAGUAGUUUUGUUAUUCCUACACAAUAUUUUGUUGUGUAACUGUCUGUUUAUGCUGAUAAAAUAAUUCCA